GGCACAUAUAACCCUGAAAGUGAAACCCCGCAGAAAAACACCACCGGCUUUCCACGUCAAGGAAAGCAAAAAAGCCAUGGCCGAAAUCAGUCGAUUCCUUCACCUUUAAGCUUCGAACUUCGAUUAAACUAUUCCCUACUAAAGAAUAGCCGAUUCCAAUCACGUUUUCCGCCGUUCGAUUCGUUAAUUUUUUAUUCGGAUUGAGAAUUUCACGACGGUUAUAUUAUACAGGUGAGGGCACCAUGAUCGGCGCUGACCGACACAUCCAUGUCCAAACAGACCUACCGAGUGUGCUUUUGCUUCCGCCGGAGGUUCCGCCUCGCCGCGGCGGAGGCGCCGGCCGACAUCAGGGGGAUCUUCGGGGAGUACUCGGAGAACGGGGUGAUGGGAGCCGACGGCCUGCGGCGGUUCCUGGCGGAGGUGCAGGGAGAGGCGAAGGCGACGGCGGAGGGCGCGCAGGGCGUCAUCGACGGGCUCAACCACGCACACUUGUUUCAUCGGCGGGGGAUGAAUCUGGAGGCGUUCUUCAAGUACUUGUUCGGGGAUGCUAAUCCGCCGCUGGAUCCGAAAAUCGGGAUUCACCAAGAUAUGACUGCUCCACUGUCUCAGUACUUCAUUUACACAAGCCACAAUACCUAUUUAACUGGGAACCAAGUAAGUAGCGACAGCAGUGAUAUACCUAUAAUACGUGCACUCCAGGCAGGUGUAAGAGGAAUUGAAUUGGAUUUAUGGCCAAAUUCUACUAAAGAUAAUGUGGAUGUUCUACACGGGAGGACCUUGACUACUCCAGUAGAACUAAUUACCUGUUUGAGGUCAAUUAAGGAGCAUGCAUUUUCUGUCUCUGAAUAUCCUGUUGUAGUAACACUUGAAGAUCAUCUGACUGCCGAUCUUCAGGCUCUAGUGGCUGAGAUGAUCACUCAAACGUUUGGUGAAAUGCUUUUUAUUCCGGGUUCAGAGCCCCCGAGUGAAUUUCCUUCCCCAGAAUCACUUAAGAGACGAGUCUUAAUAUCAACUAAACCACCCAAGGAAUACUUAGGGGCAAAAAAAGUCGAAGUAAAUGAAAGCAGCUCAGACAAGGGACAAGAUUCGGCUGAGGAUGAAGCUCGGCGGAAACUAGUUGUGGAUUUUAAAUCCGAAAUUGAUUGCAAUAAGGAUGCUGAUGAGGAUGGAGAGGGCGUGGACAGUGAUGAAGAUGAUGAAGAGGAUCAAAAGUUACAGCAGCAAGCGGCCUCACAAUACAGAAAUCUUAUUGCUAUCCCUGCUGGAAAGGGCAAAGGGGGAAUGCAAGGAUGGCUGCGAGUUGAUCCAACUAAAGUGAGGCGUCUUAGUUUGAGCGAGCAAGAAUUUGAGAAGGCCAUUUCCCAAUUUGGAAAAGAUGUCGUUAGGUUUACACAGAACAACCUAUUGAGAGUAUAUCCUAAAGCUAUACGAUUGGAUUCCUCCAAUUAUAAUCCCAUGAGUGCAUGGAUACAUGGAGCUCAAAUGGUUGCCUUAAAUAUGCAGGGUUACGGAAAAUCACUUUGGUCAGUACAUGGAAUGUUUAGAGCCAAUGGUGGUUGUGGAUAUGUCAAAAAACCAGAAUUUCUACUGAAAGCUGCCCCAGAUGGUGAUAUCUUUGAUCCUAGAGCUGAUUUACCCAUCAAAACUACUCUGAGGGUAACAGUAUAUAUGGGUGAAGGUUGGUAUUACGAUUUCUCUCAUACACACUUUGACUCUUACUCUCCCCCAGAUUUUUAUGCCAAGAUAAGGAUUGUGGGAGUGCCAGCUGACACCAUGAAGAUGAAAACAAAGGCAAUGGUCAACAGCUGGAUCCCAACAUGGGACGAGUCGUUCGAAUUCCCGCUCACGGUUCCCGAGCUGGCUUUGCUUCGGGUCGAAGUCCGGGAGAAUGGGGAGUUUGCGGGCCAGACGUGUCUACCCGUGUGGGAGCUCAGGAGAGGCAUUCGGGCUGUGCCGCUUUACAACCGAAAAGGAGUCAAGUACAAAUGCGUGAAGCUUCUUGUGAGAUUUGAAUUUCCAAACCCGCCUGGGCCCCACCACCACCGGUUUCCAUCCCCAUCCCCAAGAAAACGGAUACCAAUGCGUGCGUGCAAUCCACGUCCCUCUCAUCCUGAAAAAGCAAUCAAUCCACAGAGAUCUUCCUUCCCCCUUAUCCCUGACCCUGACCAAUCCUCUCGAUCCGAAAAGAUGUCCAAGCAGACCUACCGCGUGUGCUUCUGUUUCCGGCGGCGGUUCCGACUCGCCGCGUCGGAGGCUCCGGCGGAUAUAAAGGCGAUCUUCGAGCGGUACUCGGAGAACGGCGUGAUGACGGCGGACCACCUGCGGCGGUUCAUGGCGGAGGUCCAGGGGGUGGAAGGCGCCACGGCGGAGGACGCGCAGGCGGCGAUGGACAGCCUCAAGCACCUCCCGUUGUUCCACCGCCGGGGGUUCCACCUCGAGGGGUUCUUCAAGUACCUGUUUGGGGAUGCUAAUCCGCCUCUCGAUCCCGCGCUCGGGGUUCACCAUGACAUGAAUGCUCCUCUGUCUCAUUACUUCAUAUACACGGGCCAUAAUUCUUAUUUGACGGGGAAUCAGCUAAGUAGUGAUUGCAGUGACGUUCCCAUAAUAAAUGCAUUACGUAAGGGUGUAAGGGUCAUUGAGUUAGAUAUAUGGCCGAACUCGACUAAUGAUGAUGUCAAUGUUCUACACGGGAGGACGUUGACCACUCCCGUUGAGCUCAUCAAAUGUUUUAGAUCGAUUAAAGAACAUGCAUUUGUUGCAUCUGAAUAUCCUGUUGUGAUAACUCUGGAAGACCAUCUUACUCAGGAUCUUCAGGCCAAAGUUGCUGAGAUGAUCACACAAACUUUUGGAGACAUGCUAUUUUGCCCUGAGUCUGAUUUGAAAGAGUUUCCCUCUCCGGAAUCUCUGAAGAAGAGGGUAAUUAUAUCAACAAAACCACCAAAAGAGUACUUACAGGCCAAGGAAGUUAAGGUAAAAAAUAAUGACGCGAAGAAGGAAAAGGAUGAAGAAGCUUGGGGAAGUGAGGUUAAGAAUGCCAAAAUGGAUGACAAUAAUGAUGAUGACGAUGAUGAGGAGGAUGAAGAUGAUGAAGAGGAUCCUAAAGAACAGCAAAAUGAGGCUCCAGAGUAUAGACGUCUGAUCGCUAUUCAUGCUGGGAAAGGUAAGGGUGGAAUGAAGGACUGGUUGAGGGUUGAUCCUAAUAAAGUGAGACGACUUAGCUUGAGCGAGCAAGAGCUUGAAAAGGCGAUUGUAACUUAUGGGAAAGAUAUUGUCAGGUUUACUCAGAGGAACAUGCUGAGAGUAUACCCUAAAGGUAUACGUUUUGACUCGUCCAAUUACAACCCACUAAUCGGAUGGACACAUGGAGCACAAAUGGUUAGUAUAGCUUCUCUGAGGACCGAGGAGAAGGAUACUGAAUCAUGUCAUUGUUCUCCCACAAAGUUCCUUCAGUUUAUUAUAACCCAAAAUUCUUAUGCUACGAUAUGUUCCUGUGGCAACCAUUGUUGCAUUAUCCUGAGAAGUUCAUCUAAGGAAGAUAAUAAUGUAAUGUCCCAACAGGGUUAUGGCAGAUCACUUUGGUUGAUGCAUGGUAUGUUCAAGGCCAAUGGUGGUUGUGGAUAUGUUAAGAAACCAAACUUUUUGUUGAAUGCUGAUGCAUAUGGAGAGGUUUUCGACCCUAGUGCAACAUUACCUGUCAAAACUACUUUAAGGGUAACUGUCUAUAUGGGUGAAGGAUGGUAUUAUGAUUUCCGUCACACGCAUUUUGACGCUUACUCUCCUCCUGAUUUUUAUGCUAGGGUGGGAAUAGCUGGAGUUCCGGCAGACACCAUAAUGAAGAAAACAAAGACUCUCGAAGACAACUGGAUACCCGCGUGGGACGAGGUGUUUGAGUUCCCAUUAACUGUUCCCGAGCUUGCCCUGCUAAGAAUCGAGGUUCAUGAGUACGACAUGUCCGAAAAGGACGAUUUUGCCGGGCAGACGUGCCUGCCCGUGCGUGAGCUGAGGAAAGGUAUCCGGUCAGUUUCACUUCAUUCUCGCAAGGGGGAGAAGUACAACAACGUGAAGCUUCUCAUGCGAUUUGACUUCGUCUGAUGCUCAAGUGAGUCCUUUUGUUGUCGAAGUUUGAAGUUAAUUGUGUACGUAAAGUAUAGCGCGUUUUCCUUGUGUGGCUCGUUUGGGUAUUUUCUUGUUAUAUAUAUGUGUGUCCAAAGGGCUUGGUCUGAAACUUGUAAUGUGACGGUCUGUGGUUCUGACUGAGUCGAGAGUUUGGUUGUGCACUAGCGGUGCGGUACUGGUGUAAUGAACUUGUAUUUAUCGUAUUAAUGUGAAUAUGGUUUUCAAUAGUUUUUAGUAUUUUACUAUGGACAUCAAAUCUGCUGGAGAUCUGGGUCUGCAAAUUUUCUUGCUUUCCCUAAAUUGGUUUUACCAAAACUUUUGUG